AUUUCUCAACCUCUUGCUAGGUACUUUAACUGAUAAUGAUUACAUAGUGACCACAGUUUUAGUGCCCGAAUAGUGUUGUGUGUUUUGAUAAUAAUCGUGCAACUUGUAUUUUUUAAUAAAAUUAAGUUUUAACUGACUGCAUUUUACGUAAAUUUAGCACAGCGUUUGAAUUAAUAUCAGCAUGACUACGAAUUAUUGUCAAUGUGUGUGUAAUUAAGUGUAUGAUAAUGAUUGCAGGCAGAGUGACCAAACAGGUUUAGCAUCGGAUAGUGUAGUGUUGUGUUUUGUUAUGAAUCACGCAACUUUUAUUUAACAAUGUUAAAUUUAAAAUUUGAGCUGUUUGCAUUUUGCGACAAUAUAGCAAAGCGUAUGAAUUAAACAUUCACACACAAUCAAGAUUCAAGACUGGGUUUAUUUAAUAUUAAUAGUUAAUACCUACUAGGCACCCAGUACUUACAGUACAGAGUACAGACACAGUUGCGUUUUAGAUUCCGUGCCAAUGACACGUUCCGAUAAGAAAAUGGAAAUAAAUAAAGACUUACAAAGAGAACGUGAGAAAUGCACGUUUAAUAUCGAAGAAAUGACAUCUUAUAUCGAUGGUGGCCAAGAGAAUACAAAGAAAAGGCGAGAAACAGAGGCCGUCCUGUCUAAACCUGAAUUCUGCAAUGAUUCGUCGCAAGAUUAUCUAAGUCACACAGAGAAGUACGAGCUCGCUAUCAAACAAUCAGUGGAACUUUUUAGUUUACUUCGAAAAUUCCAAAAUGAGAGAAAUUUUUCUAUCACGGAUGAUGAUUAUCGAGAUGUGUUGACGUCAUUGCUCGGGUCUUCCACAAUGCGGGAUGGAUCACCAUUAGGCGUGCACUACAUUAUGUUUAUGCCGGCCAUCCUCUCCCUGGGCACCAGCGAGCAGCAGAAGUAUUGGCUACCGAGGGCGUGGUCGUGUAGCAUUAUCGGUGCUUACGCCCAAACCGAGUUGGGACACGGUACAUUUAUUCGCGGGCUGGAGGCGACAGCGACGUACGAUCCGACUACCCAGGAGUUCGUAUUGAACACUCCCACAUUGACCUCGUACAAGUGGUGGCCUGGAGGAUUGGGUCGUACAGCCAACUAUUGCAUCGUCAUAGCACAACUGUACACAAAAGGCAAAUGCCAUGGCGUCCAUUCAUUUAUCGUGCAAGUUAGAGACGAGGAAACUCACCAUCCUCUAUCUGGAAUCAAAGUUGGUGACAUUGGUUCCAAAUUAGGAUUAAAUUCCGUUGACAACGGAUAUCUAGGACUAGACAAUGUCAGAAUACCUAGGAGUCAUAUGCUGAUGAAACACGCUCAAGUUUUGGAAGACGGGACGUAUGUCAAAUCCAAAAAUAGUAAAUUGAACUACGGUGCUAUGAUGUUUGUAAGGACAGUUAUAGUCCGUGACACGGCGAACUUUUUAUCAAGAGCUGUUACAAUUGCUGUAAGGUUUUCGGCUGUGAGGCGACAGUGUCAGUUAAAAAGUGGGGAGCCGGAAUGUCAGAUAUUGGAUUACUUCACUCAACAGCAUAAGUUGUUUAUUGCGAUAGCGACAUGCCACGCGAUCAGAAUCUCGGCGAACAAGCUCUGGGAAACCUACAACGCUUUCAACGAAGAACUCGAAGCCGGAAGCCUGGAGAAACUGCCCGAAUUGCACGCGCUAGCUUGUUGCUUGAAGGCGGUGUGUACGUCGGACUCCACAACGCUGAUAGAGCGGUGUCGACUGGCCUGUGGAGGUCACGGCUACAUGCUGUCCUCCAACCUGCCUCUCACAUACGGCCAGGCCACAGCCGCUUGCACCUACGAGGGAGACAACACCGUGUUACUGCUGCAGACGGCAAGGUUUUUAGCAAAAACCUGGCAAAGCUUAGAUGCGGUGAAAUUGACGCCAACCGUAGCUUAUUUGAGAAAUACCAGAGAAAAAGGUUUUCUCAAUAAAUGGGAGAAUACCAUCGAGUGUAUUAUACGGGGAAUGCAGGUUGUGGCGAUGAGGAAGAUUCAGACAAGUGUGGAGAUGCUGGAGCACCGCGUGUUAUCAGGCAUACCGAUGGAGGACGCAUGGAACAUGACUUCAUUACAGUUGGUGGCUGCUGCGGAGGCGCAUUGCAGAGUUAUCAUAUUGUCAUCAUUUUACGAGAACUUAAAUAGAGUUCAGACAACCUCAUCACCUGAGUUGAAACGGGUUUUGAACCAAUUAGUCGAGCUUUAUACUGUCUACUGGGCUCUUGAAAAACUUGGGGAUCUACUGCAGUGGGUGCCUAUAAGCCAGAAAGACAUUGAAGGAUUAAAAUUAUGGUACGAACAGUUAUUGGAGAAGCUGCGUCCAAAUGCUGUAGGCCUGGUCGAUGCUUUCGAUUUAAGGGAUGAAAUAUUACGGUCAACAAUAGGCGCGUACGAUGGCCGUGUCUACGAACGACUAAUGGAAGAAGCUCUGAAGAAUCCAGUAAACGCUGAACCCGUCAACAAAACCUACCACACAUAUCUAAAACCUUUUAUGAUGGGGAAAUUAUAAUCUGCAGUAAGCCUUUAA